AUGGCAACUCACUCAGUAACCAAGGCCCAGAAACAAAGAAUCAUUGCUGUAUGUCCCUUGCAGCAAGCAAACAUGCCUUACAACGAAAAAAACAAAAAGAGCAACAAAAAAAAAACCGAAAAGACUUUCUAAUGGAAGGUUGAAAGUGACUUGGAAUGAAAGUAAAGGCACAGUGUUCUGGAUGUGGCCGUACUACAGGAUCAUAUUGGUGAUCAGCAAUGUCAUCCUUUCAGUGUGAGUCUGUUAAAAAAGGUCCAGUCUGAUAGAAAUGACCUAAAGAGACUCAUGAGACACAUGGAGCAGAAGCUGCUACACGAGAGACAAGACCACAGGGACGUCAGCUCCGACCUCGGUCGCCGAUACAAAACCAUGCAAACACAGCUUACCAACAAGGUAAAGAGGAUGGAGAGUGACGUCAGUGAGCUGAAAAAAGAACUUGUGCUGUGUCAGGAGGAACAGAGUAAAGAAAAAACAGAGCGUGAACAGGAUGUAACAAGAGAAGGACACACCGCCAUAGCUGACCUCCUACACAGGCUGCACAAUAUGGAAACAGACUAUUAGAAGAUCAUCUAUGUCUGGAUGCACCUGUGCAGCUGUCCCCUUUGA